GCUCGAAAGGAGGGCGAGAUAGAAAAAGACCAAGGGGUGUCACUCUUGUUCUUUCUUGAGUCCAACACACAUUUCCCCGAGGGAGGCUCGUCCGGGAGGGAGGUACAGUGAUAGCAGCAGCAGCAGCAGCAACAGCAGCAGCAACUCACUCUGCCUGAACCUCAAGCUCACUCACAGUGAACUCAGAAGGAGUAAAGAAGUAACUUGUUGAAAACCACAGCCAGCAACAACAUAAAGAAUAGAAAAGGUCAAACGACAAACGCUACAAAGAGAAGAUCCAAGGAAUUGUAAAAUCCCGCAAGACUCCACCCUUAAAAAGCUAGACAGCGAACUAGUGAGGGAGCCCAGAGUCAAUAAAAAUGAGUAGUCAACACCCACGCCUACACCAGUCGAGCGCCGCAGCCGCUCCAGUAUCCAACGCAGAGAAGGACUCCGACAUGCCCGCCACCGAAAAGGACCUAGCGGAGGACGCGCCAUGGAAGAAGAUCCAGCAGAACACGUUUACGCGAUGGUGCAACGAACAUCUGAAAUGUGUGAAUAAGAGAAUCGCAAACUUGCAGACGGAUCUCAGCGAUGGGCUCCGACUCAUUGGGCUUCUGGAGGUGCUCAGCCAGAAGAAGAUGUUCCGCAAGUACAACCAGCGCCCCACGUUCAGGCAGAUGCAACUGGAGAACGUCUCCGUGGCACUAGAAUUCCUGGACAGGGAGAAUAUCAAGCUCGUUUCCAUAGACAGUAAAGCCAUCGUGGACGGUAACCUGAAGCUGAUCCUGGGUCUGAUAUGGACACUGAUCCUGCACUACUCCAUCUCCAUGCCCAUGUGGGACGAGGACGAGGAGACGGCGGACGACGGCAAGCAGAAGACGCCCAAGCAGAGGCUGCUGGGCUGGAUCCAGAACAAGCUGCCCGACCUGCCCAUCACCAACUUCGCCAAGGACUGGCGCUCGGGCCGCGCCCUGGGAGCCCUGGUGGACAGCUGUGCCCCAGGUCUGUGCCCAGACUGGGACACCUGGGACGGGGACAAGCCCGUGGACAACGCCAGGGAGGCCAUGCAGCAGGCUGAUGAUUGGCUGGGAGUGCCUCAGGUCAUCACCCCUGAGGAGAUUGUGGACCCCAAUGUGGACGAGCACUCAGUGAUGACCUACCUGUCCCAGUUCCCCAAGUCCAAGCUGAAGCCAGGUGCCCCCCUGCGCCCCAAACUCAACCCUAAGAAGGCCCGCGCCUACGGACCAGGUGUGGAGCCCACUGGCAACGUGGUGAUGAAGAAGGCUGUGUUCACUGUUGAGACCAUCAGCGCCGGCAUGGGAGAGGUGCUGGUCUAUGUAGAGGACCCCGCAGGCCAUCGCGAGGAGGCUAAAGUCACUGCCAACAAUGACAAGAACCGUACCUACUCCGUCUUCUACGUUCCAAAAGUCACUGGAAUGCACAAGGUGACGGUGCUGUUUGCUGGCCAGCACAUCUCCAAGAGCCCCUUCGAGGUGGAUGUGGGUAUGGCACAGGGAGACUCCAGCAAGGUGACGGCCCAGGGCCCCGGCCUGGAGCCCUCUGGAAACAUCGCCAACAAGACCACCUACUUCGACGUCUACACAGCAGGUGCUGGUGUUGGGGAGGUGGAGGUGGUCAUCAUGGACCCCAGUGGCAAGAAGGACACGGUGGAGUGCCAGAUCGAGGACAAGGGCAACAGCAGCUACCGCUGCACCUACAAGCCCACACAGGAGGGGCAGCACAUCAUCUACGUCACCUUCGUGGGUGGACAGAUCUCCAAGAGCCCGUACACCGUCAACGUGGGAGAGGCUUGCAACCCCAAUCUGGUGAGAGCAAAGGGCCGUGGCCUUCAGCCUAAGGGCCUGCGGAUCAAGGAGACUGCAGAGUUUAAGGUCUAUACCAAGGGAGCGGGCACUGGAGAGCUCAAAGUUACCAUCAAAGGACCCAAGGGUCUGGAGGAGCCAUGUAAGAAGAAGGAUCUGGGUGAUGGGGUGUACAGCUACGAGUAUUACCCCACCAGCCCUGGAACCUACAGCAUCACCAUCACAUGGGGCGGACAGCACAUCCCACGCAGCCCGUUCGAGGUGAAGGUGGGCACAGAGGCUGGGCCGCAGAUGGUGCGUGCCUGGGGCCCUGGGCUUGAGAGCGGCGUUGUGGGCAAGUCUGCCGACUUCGUUGUGGAGGCGGUUGGCGAUGAUGUUGGCACCCUCGGCUUCUCUGUGGAGGGACCGUCCCCUGCCAAGAUCGAGUGCGACGACAAGGGUGACGGCUCGUGCGACGUGCGGUACUGGCCCACGGAGCCUGGCGAGUAUGCCGUGCACGUGCUCUGCAAGAACGAGGACAUCCAGCACAGCCCCUUCAUGGCUGAGAUCGUGCCCGCCCCCGGAAAAGACUUCUUCCCCGACAAGGUGAAGGCCUAUGGUCCUGGUCUGCAAGCCAAUGGUUUGGCUAUGGGCAAGCCUGCCGAGUUCACAGUGGAUGCCAAGAAUGCUGGAAAGGCUGGAAAGGAUGCUCUGAAGAUCAUGGCCCAGGACCGAGAGGGCAACCCUGUGGACGUGCAGGUGAAGGACAACGGCAACGGGACAUACACCUGCACCUACACGCCCCGCAAGCCCCUCAAACACACCGUCAUGAUCUCCUGGGGAGGAGUCAACAUCCCAGAGAGCCCAUUCAGGAUGAACAUUGGAGCUGGAUGCCACCCCAACAAGGUCAAGGUGUCUGGCCCAGGCAUUGCCAAGACUGGCCUGAAGGCCUACGAGCCGACCUACUUCACCGUGGACUGUGCUGAGGCAGGCACAGGUGACAUCAGCAUUGGCAUCAAAUGCGCCCCGGGAGUGGUGGGACCAGCGGAGGCAGACAUCGACUUCGACAUCAUCCGCAACGACAACGACACGUUCACCGUUAAAUACACACCGCCUGGCGCCGGCAGCUACACCAUCAUGGUGCUGUUUGCUGAUCAGGCCAUUCCAAUGACCCCCAUCAGAAUCAAGGUGGAUCCUGCUCACGACGCCAGCAAGGUCAAGGCUGAGGGCCCUGGACUGAGUCGCAGCGGUGUUGAGCUGAACAAGCCCACCCACUUUACGGUGAACACCAAGGGAGCAGGCAAAGCUCGGCUGGAUGCCCAGUUCACUGGCCCCAUCAAGGCCGAUGUUGUGCGUGACUUUGAGAUCAUCAACAACCACGACAACACCCACACUGUCAAAUACACCCCCGUGCAGCAGGGCAACUUGGGCGUGAAUGUGACCUAUGGAGGAGACUCCAUUCCCAAGAGUCCCUUCUCCGUCCCCAUCGCCUCAGCCCUGGACCUCAGCAAGAUCAAAGUGUCAGGCCUGGGAGAGAAGAUGCCCGUAGGCAAAGACCAGGACGUCACCGUCAAGUCCAAGGGCGCCGGCGGCCAGGGCAAGGUGGCAGCCAAGGUGACUGGUCCCUCCGGCAAGGCUGUGCCGUGCAAGGUGGAGCCCGGCCUGAGCCCCGAGACUAGCCAGGUGCGCUUCAUCCCCCGGGACAAGGGGCCCUACGAUGUGGAGCUCACCUACGACGGAGUGCCCAUCCCUGGCAGCCCCUUCAAGGUGGAGGCCGUGCCACCCACAGAUGUAUCUAAGGUGAAAUGCUCAGGUCCCGGUUUGGAGAGAGCCAAGGUGGGUGAGACGGGCCAGUUCGUGGUGGACUGCACCAACGCUGGUCCCGCUGAGCUGACCAUCGAGAUCAUCUCGGACAACGGCACAGAGGCCGAGGUUCACAUCCAGGACAAUGGCGACGGCACCUACACAAUCACCUACAUCCCCCUGAAUCCCGGUGCCUACACCAUCACCAUCCGCUACGGUGGCCAGGAUGUGCCAAACUUCCCCGCCAAGCUCAAUGUGGAGCCUGCUGUGGAGACCAGUGGCGUCAAGGUCUUUGGCCCUGGCGUCGAAGGCAAAGGAGUGUUCCGCGAGGCCACCACCGACUUCACCGUGGACGCCCGUGCGCUCACCAAGAGCGGCGGCAACCACAUCAAGACUAACAUCAACAACCCCUCCGGCCAGCACACCGACUCCCUCAUCCGCGACCUCGGAGACGGCACCUACCAAGUGGAGUACACGCCCUAUGAGGAGGGAGUUCACAGCGUGGAGGUGGCAUACGACGGUUCCUCCGUGCCCAACAGCCCGUUCCGCGUGCCCGUGACGGAGGGCUGCGAUCCUGCUCGCGUGCGCGUCCACGGCCCUGGACUCAAGAGUGGCAUCACCAACAAGGCCAAUAAGUUCACUGUGGAGACCCGUGGUGCUGGCACUGGUGGCUUGGGGCUGGCAGUGGAGGGUCCCUCCGAGGCCAAGAUGUCCUGCGUGGACAACAAGGAUGGCAGCUGCUCUGUGGAGUACGUCCCUUACGAGCCUGGCACCUACAACCUCAACAUCACCUACGGAGGACAGCCAAUCACAGGAAGCCCCUUCUCGGUGCCUGUCCACGAUGUGGUGGAUGCCACCAAGGUCAAAUGCCAAGGUCAGGGCAUCGGGAACAACGUCCGCGCCAACAUCCCCCAAGUCUUCACUGUGGAUGCCAGCAAGGCUGGUGUUGCUCCCCUCCAGGUCCGCGUGCAAGGCCCCAAAGGUGUGGUUGAGCCAGUGGAGAUUGUGGAUAACGGCGAUCAGACCCACAAUGUGAGCUACGUGCCGACCCGGGAGGGCCCCUACUCCAUCAACGUGCUCUACGCUGAUGAGGAGGUCCCACGCAGCCCGUACAAGGUGAAGGUCCUGCCCACUCACGAUGCCAGCAAGGUGCGCUGCAGCGGCCCCGGGCUCAACACCACCGGCGUGCCCGCCAGUCUGCCCGUGGAGUUCACCAUCGAUGCCAAGGAUGCAGGAGAGGGCCUGCUCGCCGUUCAAAUCACUGACCCAGAGGGCAAGCCCAAGAAGGCCAACAUCCGCGACAACCAGGACGGCACCUAUCUGGUGUCCUACGUGCCAGACAUGACGGGCCGCUACACCAUCCUCAUCAAGUACGGUGGAGACGAGAUCCCCUACUCCCCGUACCGCAUCCGCGCCCUACCCACCGGGGACGCCAGCAAGUGCACCGUCACAGUCUCAAUCGGAGGUCACGGUUUGGGUGCCGGCGUUGGCCCCACCAUCCAGAUCGGUGAGCAGACGGUCAUCACCGUGGACGCCAAGGCGGCCGGGAAGGGCAAGGUGACCUGCACCGUCUGCACCCCCGACGGCGCCGAGGUGGACGUGGACGUGGUGGAGAACGAGGACGGCACCUUUGACAUCUUCUACACGGCGCCGCAGCCCGGGAAGUACGUCAUCUGCGUGCGCUUCGGCGGAGAGCACAUCCCCAACAGCCCCUUCCAGGUCACGGCGUUGGACGGUGCCCCUACCGAGCAGCUAAUGCAGCAGACCCAGGUCCCGCAGUAUGCCUACGCGCCCAACGUGGGCCAACCCUGGGCGACAGACAGGCCGAUGGGCAUGAAUGGUCUGGACGUGGCAGGACUGCGGCCCUUCGACCUGGUCAUUCCAUUCACCAUUCAGAAGGGAGAGAUCACAGGCGAUGUGCGAAUGCCAUCCGGGAAGGUGGCCAAGCCUGACAUCACGGACAACAAGGACGGCACAGUCACGGUCAAAUACGCGCCCACUGAAGCAGGCCUGCACGAGAUGGACAUCAAAUACGACGGCAUCCACAUCCCAGGGAGCCCAUUGCAGUUCUAUGUGGACUAUGUCAACAGUGGUCACGUGACUGCCUAUGGGCCCGGUCUUAUCCAUGGCAUGGUCAACAAGCCUGCUCUCUUCACCGUCGACACCAAAGACGCUGGAGAAGGUGGCUUGUCUCUGGCCAUUGAGGGCCCGUCCAAGGCUGACAUCAGCUGCACUGACAACCAAGAUGGCACCUGCACCGUGUCCUACCUGCCCGUGCUGCCGGGAGACUACAACAUCCUGGUCAAGUACAACGAGAAACACAUCCCCGGCAGCCCCUUCAUCGCCAAGAUCACUGGUGAUGACUCGAUGCGCAUGUCACAGCUCAAGGUGGGCUCUGCUGCAGACAUCCCUCUGGAUAUCGGGGAGCUGGACCUUAGCCAGCUGACUGCCUCCCUCACCACACCCUCCGGCCGCGAGGAGCCCUGCCUGCUCAAGAUGCUCCGCAACGGGCACGUGGGUAUCUCCUUCGUUCCCAAGGAGAUUGGCGAGCACUUGGUGAACAUCAAGAAGAAUGGCCGCCACAUCCCUAACAGCCCCAUCACAGUCAUGAUCAACCAAUCAGAGAUUGGUGACGCCAGUCGUGUGCGCGUGACUGGCCAGGGCUUGACCGAGGGCCGCACCUUCGAGCCCGCCGAGUUCAUCAUCGACACCCGUGACGCAGGCUAUGGUGGCCUGAGUCUGUCCAUUGAGGGUCCCAGCAAAGUGGACAUCAACACAGAGGACCUGGAGGACGGCACCUGCAAGGUCACCUACUGCCCCACUGAACCAGGAAACUACAUCAUCAACAUCAAGUUUGCUGACCAGCAUGUCCCAGGAAGUGCCUUCACUGUGAAGGUCACCGGAGAGGGCCGGAUGAAGGAGAGCAUCACCAGGAAGAGGAGAGCCGCCUCUGUGGCCAACGUCGGGAGCCAGUGUGACCUGAGUCUCAAAAUCCCAGAGAUCAGCAUAGCCGACAUGACCGCCCAGGUCACAAGUCCCUCCGGAAAGAUUCACAAGGCCGAGAUCAUGGAAGGGGAGAACAACACCUACUGCAUCCGCUUCGUGCCCACCGAGAUGGGCGUGCACACUGUCAGCGUCAAGUACCAAGGGCAGCACGUGCCCGGCAGCCCCUUCCAGUUCACCGUGGGGCCCCUGGGCGAGGGAGGGGCCCACAAGGUCCGCGCCGGAGGCCCCGGACUGGAGAGAGCAGAGGCCGGAGUGCCAGCUGAAUUCAGCAUUUGGACUCGUGAGGCUGGGGCUGGUGGUCUGUCUAUCGCUGUGGAGGGCCCCAGCAAAGCAGAAAUUGCAUUCGAAGACCGCAAGGAUGGAUCCAGCGGUGUCUCUUACAUUGUUCAGGAGCCAGGUGACUACGAGGUCUCCAUCCGCUUCAACGACGAGCACAUCCCCGACAGCCCCUUCGUGGUGCCAGUGGCCUCGCCAUCCGACGACGCCCGCCGCCUUACUGUUGCUAGUCUUCAGGAGUCGGGAUUAAAGGUGAACCAGCCAGCCUCGUUUGCAGUAAGCCUGAACGGCGCUAAGGGCGUCAUUGACGCUAAGGUGCACAGUCCCUCUGGAGCACUGGAGGAGUGCGUCGUCACAGAAAUCGAUGAAGACAAGUAUGCAGUGCGAUUCAUCCCAAGGGAAAACGGUCUGUACCUGAUUGAUGUUAAGUUCAACGGCUCGCACAUCCCCGGAAGUCCCUUCAAGAUCCGCGUCGGUGAGACAGGCCAGGCCGGAGACCCUGGCAUGGUAUCCGCAUACGGAGCUGGACUGGAGGGCGGCACCACAGGAUCUGCCUGUGAGUUCAUUGUGAACACGAGCUCGGCCGGCCCUGGUGCUCUGGCCGUGACCAUUGACGGCCCAUCCAAGGUGAAGAUGGACUGCCAGGAGUGUGCAGAGGGCUACAAGGUCACCUACACCCCCAUGGCCCCCGGAAACUACCUGAUCUCCAUCAAAUACGGCGGCCCAUACCACAUUGUUGGCAGCCCAUACAAAGCAAAAAUCACUGGCUCUCGUCUGGUCAGCAGCCACAGUAAUCACGAGACAUCGUUCGUGACUGUGGACCCGGUGACCAAGGCCGUGACGUCCAGCCAGCAGGCUAGUGCCCCGGGCUGGGGCGGCGCCUCAGACGCCAGCCGAGUGGUGGCCAAGGGCCUGGGGCUCACCAAAGCCUUCGUCGGACAGAAGAAUAGCUUCAGCGUGGACUGCAGCAAAGCAGGUAGGAACAUGCUCCUGGUGGGAGUGGACGGCCCCAAGGUGCCGUGCGAAGAGAUCCUGGUGAAGCACCUUGGCAACCGACUCUACAACGUCUCCUACCAGCUGAAGGAGAAGGGCGAGUACAUCCUGGUGGUCAAGUGGGGCGACGAGCACAUCCCCGGCAGCCCCUACCACUUCACCGUCUGAGGAGAUGGACAACCGCCAUCCCCGAGAUGAGAUCCCCCCCCUAGACCCUGUGCCCUGACCCAGCCAAAGACUCUUGCUCCCCAACACACAUAAUACACUGAACAGCCUCCCUGCCUGCUCUCCACUCCUCAGUGUCUUUAAGUGCAUUUUUAACCCCCUUCUCCAUUUCAUCCCAUUUUGUUUUGUUGGUAAAACUUUUUUUUUCUCCGCCACACUCCAUUGGGGGAAGUGACGCAAAAAAUAAGCACCUUUUUUUGUUUACUGUAAGCCGACUGAAUUUCAGCAAUCAAACUUUAAGGUAAUCCUUGGCGGUUUUUUUCGUCAACUGUUCAUGAACUCCCUCGGAGUCGGGGGUGCAAUGUGGUCGUUGUCGUGUAACUCUGGCUCCUUUCCUGGUGUUGGUUUACAUAAAGAUGUUUUGUUGUUACUGAUGCUGUCCCUAAGACAAACGUUAGCUGCUGCUAAUACUGCCUGGUUUCUCGCGAGGACACUGCUGUGCUGUUCUGAGCUUAACUGUAGGGGAUAACUGUAGCCUGUGACGAGUGUGAAGAAGAGGGACUUUUAAGUACCACACACCUGGAGUAGAAGAUUUUUUUUUUCGGUCAUUAUUUAGGGUUGAACUGACACACUCGCAACCUUCAGCAGCACACCUUCAACGCCUUUGUUACACCACUUAACCUAAAAAAAAAAACUAACACUGGUGCAGAAGCAGCCUGCUUUGUGGGUAGCCUGUUUUGUCAUCUGCAUUUUGAGUAUUUUCUGUUUUCUCUCCGAGGCUUCAUAUUUGUACAUCAUCAUGCACUAGCGAAACUGAGCAUAGUCUCGUCCACAUGUUGGUCAUAACGGUAUUUCUCUAGUGCCAAGUAGUGUUAUUGACAGCCCUGAGAGAAAUUUCACAGCGCCAAAGUCAGUCUUGUUUUUAUUUUUUACAAAACGAUUAAAAGGGAAGAUUGGGGGAAAAAAAGUUGAUGUGGUGAAGCAGAUGUCCGAUAAUGUGCAAGUGAGUGGGGUUUUAUGGAAAGAGUAUUUUGCAAUAACUGAAAAUUAACAAAAAUGGAAAAAUAAUUGCUUCAUCAUGCCACGUCUUCCCUCUCACUCCCAUUACCUUCAGCUCUUUCUUGUGCUACUUUAUUAUUGUGUAAUCAGUAUUUCAAAAAAUAAUAAUUAAAAAGGUUUUUAAAAAAUAAAGCAACAUCAACAAUGUUUGUAUGUCUGUUACAAUAUUUUGAUACACAAUAAAAUUGUCUUAAAUAUUGUUCUGUCAA